UACAAUGGUUCACAUUAACGAUGAAUUAUUUCUCUCGUUGAUUAGAGAGGAUCAUUCGCUUUAAUUUACGUGAGUGCUACAAAAAAUAUAUAUUGCAAUCAUAAAGAGCCACCAUCGUUGCAAGUCAGCACAGUCGUGAUGCGCUCAGUAAAUAAGUUUGAACAGUUAAUGUUGGUGCAUGUUAUGUAAUCAUGGUAGUCACUAUCCAACAAGUUGUACAUCCUCUUUUGAUUGUAUGUUUCAUUAUGGGUUUAAGGGCCUAUCCGAUGAAACAACCAAACCCAAAGAUUCGAUGGAUUGCAUAUUUAAGUUUGUUAUAUCAAUUGAUUAUCUGGUUUUCUUAUGCUUACCUUCUUUACUAUACAAUAACUGUUUUUACAUGGAAAAUAUUAGCUGGAAAUAUCACAAAUAGUGUUAUUUGGGCAGCUACCGCAAUUAACACUAUUAUAUCUGUGAUCAUGAGUUUCUAUCAUCAAAAGAGACUUGACAUCAGCUUGAAGAAGCUUUCUGCUGUGGAUAAUUGUUUGGAAGAAUUGGGUGUUACAAUGAUGUAUCAAAGAACACAUAUCUAUUCGAAACUAGUGAUAAUUGGAUGGAUUAUAUAUAGUUUCUUGAUCAAUCUCUCUAAUGCAAUGUGGUGGAUAAAUUUCCAUGAAACUUGGGCAUUAUUUAUAGCUUUUAUGUUAAAUUACUGUAUUAAUAUCAAUGCAUUCAUGGAGUUACUAUUUAUCUUCUUAUUAUGGUUAACUGGUAAUAGAUUUGACAAAAUAAAUGAGCAUAUGCAAUGCUUAUUAGUGGAAGAUCAUGGUCUAAAAUGUGCAUGGAAAAAAUCUAUGGUCGUUCUUCAUCAAUACACUUUAUAUACUAAUUACAAGCGAACAUUAUGGAUUUCAAUGCAUCUUCAUUUAGAAUUAUGUCGCAUUGCUCGCGAAUUGAAUUUCAUUUUCGGUACACAGAUAACUUUCGGAAUGACAGUAUAUCUUGUGUUUAUGGCAUCAUUGUGUUACGCUAUUUGCAUGGCAUUAAUGCAGGAACUUCCAAAAGAAAUAUUACAGUUACCGUAUAAACACAUAUGGUUUAAUCUCAGUUCAUGGAUUUUCGUAAUACUGAUAAGAGUAUAUGCUGUAAAUUACAUGUGUGAAAAUAUCACGAUUAAGGCAAACGAAAUUAACCAAAUAAUUACCCGAUUGACAAAUACCCUUCAGUACACUGAUACAUGGAAGGAGGUUUAUCAGUUUACUUUACAAAUAAUGCAUCAUCCAUUGAAAUUAACUGGAAUGAAUCUUUUCUAUUUUGGAAACGAGUACUUACGAAAGUUUUGCAUAACGAUUCUAACGUUCGUAAUUAUCAUGGUACAAAUGAAAGUAUAUAUCAUCCCAAUAAAUGGCUGGUAAUUUGCUGUCAAAGAAGAAAGAAAACAAACAUUUUAUGAAAUUACACCACAGUAAUA